AUGUCGCCAUCCCAGUCAACGACCAACAUGUCCCCAUCCCAGUCAACGACCAACAUGUCCCCAUCCCAGGCAACGACCAACAUGUCGCCAUCUCUGUCAACGACCAACAUGUCCCCCAUCUCAGUCAACGACCAACAUGUCCCCAUCCCAGUCAACGACCAACAUGUCGCCAUCCCAGUCAACGACCAACAUGUCCCCAUCCCAGUCAACGACCAACAUGUCGCCAUCUCUAUCAACGACCAACAUGUCACCAUCCCAGGCAACGACCAACAUGUCGCCAUCUCUGUCAACGACCAACAUGUCACCAUCUCAGUCAACGACCAACAUGUCCCAAACACAGUCAACGACCAACAUGUCGCCAUCUCUGUCAACGACCAACAUGUCCCCUUCCCAGGCAACGACCAACAUGUCCCCAUCCCAGUCAACGACCAACAUGUCGCCAUCUCAGCCAAAGACCAACAUGUCGCCAUCUCUGUCAACGACCAACAUGUCACAUCCCAGUCAACGACCAACAUGUCCCCAUCUCAGCCAAAGACCAACAUGUCGCCAUCUCUGUCAACGACCAACAUGUCCCCUUCCCAGGCAACGACCAACAUGUCCCCAUCCCAGUCAACGACCAACAUGUCGCCAUCUCAGCCAAAGACCAACAUGUCGCCAUCUCUGUCAACGACCAACAUGUCCCCAUCCCAGUCAACGACCAACAUGUCCCCAUCUCAGCCAAAGACCAACAUGUCGCCAUCUCUGUCAACGAUCAACAUGUCACAUCCCAUCAACGACCAACAUGUCGCCAUCUCUAUCAACGACCAACAUGUCCCCAUCUCAGCCAACGACCAACAUGUCCCCAUCCCAGUCAACGACCAACAUGUCGCCAUCUCAGUCAACGACCAACAUGUCCCCAUCUCAGCCAACGACCAACAUUUCACCAUACCAGUCAACGACCAACAUGUCCCCAUCUCAGCCAACGACCAACAUGUCGCCAUCUCUGUCAACGACCAACAUGUCACAUCCCAGUCAACGACCAACAUGUCCCCAUCCCAGUCAACGACCAACAUGUCGCCAUCCCAGGCAACGACCAACAUGUCGCCAUCUCUGUCAACGACCAAUAUGUCCCCAUCUCAGUCAACGACCAACAUGUCCCCAUCCCAGUCAACGACCAACAUGUCGUCAUCCCAGUCAACGACCAACAUGUCCCCAUCCCAGGCAACGACCAACAUGUCGCCACCUCAGUCAAUGACCAACAUGUCGCCCUCUCUGUCAAUGACCAACAUGUCCCCAUCUCAGUCAACGACCAACAUGUCCCCUUCCCAGGCAACGACCAACAUGUCGCCAUCUCUAUCAACGACCAACAUGUCGCCAUCUCUGUCAACGACCAACAUGUCCCCAUCCCAGUCAACGACCAACAUGUCGCCAUCCCAGUCAACGACCAACAUGUCCCCAUCCCAGGCAACGACCAACAUGUCGCCAUCUCUGUCAACGACCAACAUGUCGCCAUCUCUAUCAACGACCAACAUGUCGCCAUCUCUGUCAACAACCAACAUGUCCCCAUCUCAGUCAACGACCAACAUUUCACCAUACCAGUCAACGACCAACAUGUCCCCCAUCUCAGUCAACGACCAACAUGUCCAUCUCUGUCAACGACCAACAUGUCCCCAUCUCAGUCAACGACCAACAUGUCCCCAUCUCAGUCAACGACCAACAUUUCACCAUACCAGUCAACGACCAACAUGUCCCCAUCUCUGUCAACGACCAACAUGUCCAUCUCUGUCAACGACCAACAUGUCCCCAUCUCAGUCAACGACCAACAUUUCCCCAUCUCUGUCAGUUCUGACUGGUCAAUUAAAUCACACUCUAAACCACUGA